AUGGUCGUAAGUGACAAGAAAUUCAAUGAGGUGAUGACUCAUAAUAAGAUGCUAGAAAACCAAAUUUCUCAACAUGCCAAUGCUUUGAAAGACCAUGCUAGUCCUUCUUCUUUACCUUCCCAAGGCUUAGAUCCCAAGAUACCCGUGAAUGAUAUUAUUAAAAGAAGUGGUAAGGUUCUUGAGGAGAGUUUUCCUAGGAAGAGUGGAACUAAGGAGGCCUUGGUAGAGGAUGAGAGAAAUAGUGCAUCUUUGAGUGAGGUUGUGAUUGAGACACCUAGAGAGCAACUUCAUCUUUCUCUACCUUUUACCGAAGUUGUUACCCAAAUGCCCAACUAUGCAAUAUUUCUCAAAGACAUUUUGAGUGGUAGGAGGUCUUGUGAUGUGGUGGAGACGGUCAACUUGACCGAGAAUUGUAGUGCAAUUAUAAUGAACAAGAUGCCACCCAAGUUGAAAGAUCCCGGAAACUUCUCUAUCCCUUGUGCCAUUAACAAGAUGCAAAUUGAUAAUGCCUUAUGUGACUUAUGA